UUCCAUUCCACUCUUGGUUUGCAAAUUUUACAACUCAGCCCAACCCUACAGAUUAUAAAAGAUACCAGAAAUCCUCCCGUUGAACAGUCACGUAGCUUUACCAGUCCUCUGAAGUACGGCCAGAAUCCCAAACAGCACCAUGAGCGACACUCUGAAGGAAUCCCUGUUUGAGAAACUCUGCCAACUUCAGUGUCACUUCACGUGGAUUCCACAGAAGGACAACACUGACUUCAGUGAUAUGAAGCUUAGAUUACAAGAUUCUAUAAAACUUGGUGUCAAAUAUCAAGCCACAUCCUACAACCACCUUGCUUUUGUAAACUGUCAGCAAGGCAACUAUGAAGAAGCCAUUCAAAAUUUAAAGGAAGCGGAAAAGAUUUGGAGAGAGAACCACAACAAUGAAUUUGAAAGAAGAAGCAUCAUCACCUAUGGAAACUUUGCCUGGGUGCAUUACCACAUGGGACAGCUGACCGAGGCCCAGUCCUACCUCGACAAGCUGGAGAUAAUCUGUGAACCGCUCAGUGAUGGCCCUCGCUAUACAGCAAUGACCCCUGAGGUGUACGGGGAGAAGGGAUGGUCAUUGUUGAGUUCUGCUGCUACUUAUUAUGUGGAGGCAAAAGAAUGUUUUGAGAAGGCUCUGGAGAAAGAUUGCAACAAUGUGGAGUGGACUGUGGGCUAUGCGACAGCUUUGCUUCGUCUGGAAAAUAUUUCUGGUGUUCCAGAAAAUCUGGAGCGAAGUCAGCCAGUGAGGUAUCUGCGACGGGUGCUGGAGCUUGAUCCAGAUGACACAGUGGCCAUGGUUAAUUUGGCCCUAAAGUUGCAAGAGUUCAAUGAAGCAGAGAAGGCAAAUGAAUUAGUUGAAGAAGCAUUGAGGAAGACCCCAGAUCUGCCAUAUGUGCUUCGCUAUGCAGCAAAGUUUUACAGAAUAGGAGGAGAUGUCGAUAUCGCAAUAGGCCUGUUGAAGAGAGCUUUAGAAUUUACUCCAUGCUCGUCCUUCUUACACCACCAAAUCGGUAUCUGUUACAGGGGAAAGCUAUUCACUCUGAAAAAGAAAGCAGGCAGCAACUAUCCUGACAGAGCUACAUUUCAACUGAAAGCUGAGUUUAUCAGUAAGAGCAAAUAUCACUUUGAAAAGGCAUUUGAACUCAAACCAUUGUUUAUUUUUGCAAAACUGGAUUUUGCAGGAAUCUGCUUAGAAAAUGGAGAAGUAGCCCGAGCAGAGGAGAUCUACAACAGUCUGCUGAGCUUGGAGGAUCUUGCUCUGGAUCAUAAGCAGGCACUAGCUUUACAAGUUGGAUUAUUUGAACUGCACCACAAAAGAUCUAAAUCAAAUGCCAUCAUCUAUUUUCUGGAUGGACUUAAGAUCCAUCAUGGAAGUAAACAAUGGAAGCUCUGUGACAGCAACUUGAGAAAGAUCUUAAGAAAACAAAUUCAGAGGAAUCCAAGAAACAGCAAAGCCUUUGGAAUUCUUGGGAUGGUGCACCAGCUGGCUGGGGAGAAGGAUGAGGCUGUUAAAUGCUUUGAAAAGGCCUUGGAAUUUGAUCCUGGCAAUGAAGAAUAUCUCAAUUCUCUUUCUGACUUACGCCUUUCAACUUAGUCUCCAGGUACCCAAACAGAUCCGGGAGUACACUGACGUGCAAAGCCUUUCCUCAAUCAUUUUUAACUGUUAGAGUUGUCUGGUACCAUGAGCAGUACAUUAAUAGAAACACAUUUGAUUCAUGUUUCAUUGGUGAUCUUCUGAAGGCUUUGUGCUGAAUAUUGUGACCAUUUGCUUCUCCCAUCAGUUCUCCAACUUCCACCUCCGAUGAAGUGACAUUAUUUCAGGUACAUCUGAUGCUAUGGCUAGAUCAGUAUCACUAGCAUGUAAACACAACUUUAAUUUCCCAGACCAUGGGUCCAAUUUAACCUGGUGUUUUAAUUGCGAGUCCACCAAGUUCUAGGUGAAACUGAUUUAUGUUUGACAGCACCAAACUAAGAAGUACCAUCUGAUUCAGUUUCCAGGUUAAUAAAGCUUGGUCUGAAAGAAAAUGAAAUGAUUUAUAAAAUACACAAAUGAAAAAGGAGAGUACUCACUCCAUUUUUUUCCCAAAUGAGCCAUAAACAAUUAUAACUCAAUUAUCACAGAAUGUUCUAUAUUCCAGUUUACACUUGUGAUUGACUACUAUAAACUUUCCGUCCACUUUCACAUUUUUUGCUCUCAAUAAUUGCAUUCUGAGCAAUUUUUGUUUGUAAGCAAAAAUAUUCCAGAUGAAAUCUUUGCAACUUGCAGUAGAGUCGACACGUCACAUUAGUAUUGGUUUACCUGCCAUACUAAUGAAUUAAAGCUUCAUGCAAUUUACAGUGAAAGAGCACCAAAGCUGACUCAAAAUGUUAAAAAUAUGAAAAUAUUAUGCUAUUAAAGCAGAAAAUUCUGAUAGCAUUUAGCAGACCAUUGGAAGGGAAAACACAGUUAACUUUUCAGACUGAAGAUGAGGAUGCUGCCUGACUUGUGUGUUUUUUUUCAGAACUUGUACUGUUAGGAAUUUGGAUUUCCAAUGUUUGGCAUUUUUAAAUCAAACAUUAAUUUGAAAUCUUAUAGUCAUUAAUUUCUAUUUUCCUUUCAAUAUUGUUAAAUGAGCUGUAAUAUCAGAAACUGAAUGUAAAAGUAACCAAUAAAAUGUUAUGAUUUAAUU